AUGGGGCGGGCGGGCCGCCGGCUGCCCGCGCUGGCAGCGCUCUUCUACGGGGCGCUGGCGGCGCUGGUGCUGCUGGGGGUGCGGGACGUGCUGUUCGUCUACGAGGAGAACCGAUGCAGCAUGACCUACAUGUACGAGUACCCCGAGUACCUGAAAAUAAAAUUACCCAAGAAAACAGCCAGACGAUACCCAGCCUAUGAGCUCUAUCUCUAUGGGGAAGGGAACUACGCUGAGGAAAACAAAAAUCUCCUAUUGACAGGAAUUCCAGUUCUUUUUCUUCCUGGGAAUGCUGGCAGUUACAAACAAGUGCGUUCUCUUGGCUCCAUUGCACUUAGAAAAGCAGAAGAUGUUGACUUCAAGUAUCAUUUUAACUUCUUCAGUGUCAACUUUAAUGAGGAGUUGGUUGCAUUGUAUGGUGGUAGUCUGCAACGGCAGACCAAGUUUGUGCAUGAAUGCAUAAAAGUAAUUCUUAAGUUGUACAGGGAAGGAGACUUUGCACCGACCAGCGUUGCAAUAGUAGGUCAUUCCAUGGGUGGUCUGGUUGCCAGAGCGUUGCUCACUCUGAAGAGUUUUAAGCCUGAGCUUAUCAAGCUCCUGAUUACACAAGCCACACCUCACGUUGCACCUGUAAUGCCUUUAGACCGAUAUCUCACCGAUUUUUAUACAGCUGUAAACAAUCAUUGGAUGCUAAAGGCCCAAGAUUUAAGAAAUUUAACUACCCUUUCUGUGGCGGGAGGAUUCAGAGAUUACCAAGUUCGUUCAGGACUGGCUUUUCUACCGAGAUUGAGUCAACAUGACAGUGCCUUAUCUGUUGUGAGCUCAGCUGUGCCUAGAGCUUGGGCCUCAACUGACCAUCUCUCCAUAGUGUGGUGCAAAGAACUGAUCCUGGCUACCAUUAGAGCUUUAUUUGAUCUCAUAGAUGAAAACACAAGGCAGAUAACUGAGGAUGCAAAGAAGAGAAUGUCUGUACUGAAUCACCACUUUGUAAGACACCCUGCAAAGAUAUUUGAGGAAAAUCCUGAAGUUUUUACAGAACUCCCAGGAAUUUUCAUGUGGAUUACAGUCAAAGCCUCAAAAUGGACUUACUCAGUUUACAAUGACUCUGAUGGAAAAUAUUUCACGUUUCCUCUUGCAAGCCACAGAAAAUCAUACAGUCAUGUUUACUGUGAAAAUAGUAUGUUGGACACAAGUAGUUGGAUUUACGGCUGCAUGAACAGUAAUUCAUCGAUGUGCCUGGAAGCUACUGAUCUGUCCUGGAAAGCUGAGUUACUUCCAACCACCAAGGUUGUAAUACUGAAACUUCAGGACUAUCCCUCUUUGUCCCACAUUGUCAUUCAGGUACCAGCUGCAGUUGGCAAUAAGUAUACUUUGGGCUGUGAAUUCUUCCAAGAGGAUUCCAGAACAGUACAGCUUCCUGUUACACAUAUUUUUUCAUUUGGGCUCUCUUCAAGCAAAAUUCUUUUAAAUUCAACUGGCUUACUUUACAAUGUACAGCUCCAGCACUUCAACCAAAUAUAUCAAGCUUUCAAAAUUUAUAUAGAGAGCCACUGCCAGUCACCCAAAGAAAGAAAACCUAGUGUUUACAGACUUCAUAUACCCUGGUCACAUGAAGACUCAAUAUUUGUAGCAAAAGCCCCAUCUCUUACUGAGAUUUCUGCCAAGCUGCAUGUUGCUCAGCCUGGGAAUGGCAACAGGGCUCCAGAGUUAAAUAUCUACUCUUCCUCAGACUGUCAGUAUGAAGUAAUUCUGAAGACGUCACUUCUACAGGUUCUUGGGCAAAUAGUAAGGUUCCAUGCUGGUGCUUUUCCUGUCUAUAUUGUUUCUAAUAUUCUUCUUACUUAUGGAGGACAAUUGAGCACAUUGAGAUCAACAGGCCAGUGCUCAGACUUUUCCCUUGAACUAGUUAGGACAGCUAAGCCCUACAAAGUAGAACCUCUUAUAAGCAUUGUUGUGUUUCUGCAGGGGUUUAACUGGUUUAGAGAGAUAUGGGAAUCACUGUCACUCCCAGAGGUGGAUGCUGCUGUACUGAGUAGUCAGGAUGCAUGGUUCCCCCUUGUGUCCCUGAUUCUAUUUCUUUUUGGGACAGGCAUUGCCUACUGGAGUGGAGUAUUUUUCUCUACGUCUCUGAGACUCUUCUCUUCAUUAUGGUUAACUCUGAUCAGACCUACUGUACUGGAAAAAGAUAAGUUGAUUACACCCAGAAGACUCUGUGGGAUGUUAUCCCUUUCUUUGGUUAGCUGGACAACUUGUGGUGCAUUUGCUGUAUUCCUUAUUUAUCUUCAAUACUUGUUUAAGGUUAUAAGACUGCAUGUGAAUGUAAGAGCAGAACAAAACAAGCUCAACAGGGAUUCAGACCACUCACAAGAAACUUCACAGAACUCCAGUAUACACACAGUCAAACCCCAGAGUUCGAUGGACAGUGUUCCAGAAAUGAGCCAACCUCUUACCAACAGUACAGCAAUUGCUGAAGCUGUUAACAGUCUUAAGAUGCACCUUACAAUCCUCAAUUUAUUCACGUGGAUUGUGCUGCUCAACUUGCCAUCUUUAAUUUAUUGGCUAAAAAAUCUCAGGUACAAUGUUAGGCUUGAUCCUGAUCCAUGUAGAUCUACAGCUAUUAUCAUCGUGUGCAUUUUAGAAAUUCUAAUGAAUUCAAGUACUUCUGAAGUGAAGUCAAGUAAACUCUUGAAGAUUGCAGCCAAAGUUCCACUCCCUUUGUCUGUUGCGAUGCUGGCCUUUGGACGAAUGCAUUUGUACAGAGUGCCACACUUUGUAACCUUUUCUCUUCUCCUACAUGUGCUGUGCUGUGUUGUGUAGUGUUCGUUCUACAUAGGAAGGACAGUGCACUCAAGAAACUUAACACUGGAGAUGGGGCGAAUUUCAGCGAAGAAAUGCCUAAAUUAAUAUCAUCAGUCGUUUACGUUAUGUGGGAAAGAGAACAGAACUGGGAAUCCUUUAUGAAAAGUUCAUGAUUCUGUUCAUGUUGCUUAGAAGGCUUUUCACGGUGUUUAUUUCCUGACCCUUAAAAUCAAGUGAUUUAACUGUGUGUAAGCACAUAAAUCGUAUCAGUGCAACGUCUCAGUACUCUGCCUUGUAGACACUUUGAUAUUUCACGGUAUUGCUUUGUUGAAACAGACUUUUUUUACUCACUGUGCCAUACAGUGUGUAUGCUCUGAACUUGCAUCUCUUGCAGGUCUAAAGUAUGCUGGUUAAAACUCAAUACAUUUCAAGCACACUGUGACUAUCACAAAAACUACACAGCCAAGUAUACUUUUAAUUAUUUUAUGUACAUUUAAAAGCUGCCACAGUUGUGUCUAGACAAACUAGAAUGUACUGCUUAUAUAGAACUGUUAUUUCUAUCAAAUCAUUUGUUCAAUCAGUGUGAGUUGAACAUUUGUGAGAUUAUUAAAAGUCUUACACUUUUUACUUUUUGUGAGAGUGAGAAAACAACAGUAUUCUAUGUAGCUUUCUAUUCAGGAAGGAUACCAGCAGAUUCGUAAACAAUUUGCUGUGAUGUUGUUUUAAAACAUUCAGUUUUCUCUGGAAUUUUGAAAUUAAUCCUUGGACUUUGUCCAUAUGUAGAAGCUAGCAAACCUUGAGGUGUGGUGUGAGUUAAGUGUUGUACUGCACUGUUUCCAAGUUGCUUUUUCCCUAUUGUAAAUGGAGAAUCAAUCAUCUCCUAAUAAAUUCCCAUACAUGAAAUGAAUAUGGAAUAGUUACAAUACUGUAAACUCCUGCCCUGCCAUACAGUGCUAACUUCUGCAUGUGGACAAACUCUUAGUAAUAGUGGGAAGUACUGACCAUAAUUAUUAGCUCUGUAUAAACUAUUAUCUUAGUGCCUAGAUGCUACAGUGACUGCCAUUUAUAAUAAAGCCUAAAAUAGCUCUGUGUAAGGAAUUCUGUCCCCUGGGCAUGUGUUUUGCCAACAGAAGAAAUCUCAGUAGCUGCUAGGUUUAAAUGGUGUGUUGAUUCUGUGUAGAGAUGAGCCUGCUCCUUGCUUCUGUGUUAGCUGUCUCUGCUGUGUCUGAGAUUACCUGUUAUUGUCAUAUGGAAAUACCAGACCAGCUCAAUCAUCUUAUAGGAAUAAAGAGAGGAAGUCUGCUGCUCACAGUCAAUCAAGUAUAUUCUUGAUAUAGUAGUACAGCCAGCCUGACCCAUUAAUUUAAUUGUAUCUCAUUAAUCUUGCCUAAAGUGCCUCAGUUAGUUCUAACAUGUUUUUAGGGUCCAUUCAUCUGAGCUGGUUGGAAUGACUCAACUCACCCAGGGACUUUCCAGAAUGAAGGACAAAUGUGAAGUAAGGAUGUGUUUUGUUUGCUUACAUCCAAGUCAGCAGUUCACGUUAUUAGUAAGUCAUUAAAACUGCUGUAACUGAGUAAGGCUAUUGUAGUCAGCCAAACUACUGUCACUGUUAUCAGUAAUCUGUGUGCUGGUAUUCUAGUCUUGGCCUUUUUUAAAAAGGUUAGAUUAUACAUAGUGUUGUAAAUCAGAGAAGUUAUUUGAAUUGAUAAUAUCGUGAUUUUUCUGAUCAAAUGUAUGCUACAGUAUAUGUAUAUAAGAAAUUGUGUGACUAAUUAUACUUGUAGCUAAAUCCAACUCUUGGUUUAACAAAAAAAUUGCUGUUCAAUCAUAGAAGAAUAGAGAAUUUUUCUAUUGCAGAUGGCUGUGAAUGAAAGAUGGUGGCAGAACUGCAUUAGGGCUGUCUGUGAAACGUGCAGGACCUGAUUUCUGCGGAAGAUAAUUUUCCUUGACCUUCAUGGUCCUGUUGACUUACUGCUGUAUUUUACUUCUGAUUUUGUAUUGCCAUCUUAAUGGGCUCUUUAUCCAUUUGCUGGAACUGUUGGUGGAAAGUAUUAAUCAGAACAAGGAAAGCAAAGUCUCUGCAUGUAGUUGCUUUGAUAGCUUCCAAAAUGUGCCACAAUGUGAAACCUACUGAAUUAAAGCAGCAUAGAAUAACACCAAUUUUUAAAAAUUUUAUUUGUUUUCUUAAAACUGGGAAUUCUACUGAUAAUUAUUAGCACUCUUCAUAAAGUGAGUUCCAUAAUCUUGUAUAUAUUCCUGCUUGAUUUUAGGUUGAAGGUAGAAAUAGAUAUCCUGAGUCUGAGAUCCCAGAGGACAAGGGUUUAUCACACCUCCCUCAGUGCUACCUUUUCUCAGAGAUAGUUUACCUUUGGUGGGGAAAGGAGGGGAAGUUUUACUCCUGCUUUGAACUUAUAUGCAUUGUGUACCAUUUGAUAGAUUAAAAUUGUUGUCAGAGAUGUGCAUCUGGAUUUUGCAGUGAUCAUGGACUGGACACCUUCAGCUGUUUGGCAGAUUAGGAGUCUAAUCCAAAUUAGAUCUUCUAUAUAAUCAAUGGAUGGUAAUAGGAUUAGAACAAGUCCAGAGAAAAACCCAUCCCAUUCUAAGAGGAUGAAUUAUCCCACUUGCCAUUCUGGAAGGAACUAGAUUUCAUAGCAGUCUAAAAUGAUAUUUCGGAUAAAAUACAAUGAUUGUUUGUUACUUUUGGACAAGAAGCUUCCAUGAGGCGAAUCUGUAGUUCUGCCACUGAUCACAAUUACCAUUUUAGCAGAAAUGUAGGCUAACCCAAUAUAAAUACUUUUAAUUGCAUAUAUGAGGAGGUCUAAGUAUUACUGAAAUAUCCUUUAUUAUGAGUAGGGUGCAUUUAUAAACAGCUUUUGGCAAAUACAUUAUAAUAUCUCUUAUUACCUUUAGCUAAAUUAAAAUUCCAGUUUAUUCUUCAAAUUUUAGAUUAUGUAGCUGUGUGGGAGAAGAACAAGAUGCAAAUUAACUUGUAAAGGUUUAUACCUCAGCAUGCAUUCAAAAUAGGAACUAUUUAUGUGGCUUUAUUGUAACAUUUUUUAUAAGCUAUCAGAAACAGAAUGAAAAAACAGGGUAAGAACUUAAAGUACUUUGGUACAGCAUAAAUGUACAUCAGAAUCUUUCUUUGGCAGGGGUAGAUUUUGAGAUGAGAAGCUUUUAUUGAUAUCUUCAUACCCUGAAAUUACUCAUGAAGUCUCUAAUCUAUUCUGGUUGAUGUCAUCAGACUUGGUUCCUCAGUGCUGCAGUCACAGGACCUACACGUGUAGCAAACAGUUCAUAGGAGGUCUCUGUGAGUCUGGUAGGGGAGGACUCACCUCUUAACUGGAGUUACCAAAUGCACCUGGAAACUGAAGAAUGAACGUUGUCCAAAGGUGGUAUUUUUAGUUUUGAUUUCAAGGCUGGUUGCAGUGUGUCACACUUCGGCACCCUGUUAAAAGGGGGUUGAGUUUUUUGAGUUUUGGUGGGAGGGGUUUUUUGGGGCAUGUUUUUAUUUCCAAAGAACUUGCAGUAAAUGAAACUUAAGUUAAUAUUAUUCUCAGUAUUUAGAGUUCUGCCCUGAUUUUGGUUUUGAGUGAGCUAACUCAUGUAGCAAUUCACUCCUGAAUAUUAAUUGGCUAAGUUUUAAAACAGAUGAAUAACAGCAAAACCCUAAACAGUGCAGGAGUAAUGUAUUGCAGGAGUCAUAGAGACUGCCUAUCUGUCUAAGGGAAUUUUUCAUUAACCUAAUUGGACUAUCUUUAAAGUCAGUGAUUAAUAAAAUAAAAUUUAUUGACACUUAAAAAACCAAAAGCAUUGCAUAUUUUGGUAUUCAAUACGACAGCUGAUUUUCCAUGUGUUUGCAAGUAGCCAAGGUGAUGACCUUGUUACUUGACUUUUUUUCUGAAAUCUGGUACAUCUGCUUCUAAGCUUUGACAGGACAGAAUAAAGUCAAUUAUGUGCCUGUCAAUAAAUGUUAACAUUUGAGAAACUUUCAUUUGAAUCAAGUUUAUUGCAAUACAGUGAUGAGUGUGUUUAGACUUUAUUUGUACUGAGAAAAAACCAACCAUUUGCUGACCUUCAAUACUCUGAGUUAUGAAAAUGAUUUUGGAAGCUGUUAUAGUGUCUGUACAGAAUUGUACUGCUGUUUGAAGUCACUCAGCUACUAGAAAAUUGUUGUUGUAAAACAGGCUAAAAUCUUAAUGCUUGUUUUUCAUUUAAUGGUGAAUGUUUCUCACUGAAUUUACAGCUUUGACAUUUUGCAUCUCUUUUUUUUUUUCUGGGAGAUAAUCAAGCUAGCUUUUAUAAGCACUUAGCUUGGUACUGUGAAACGUAAAAUUUUCCUCACUGUUCCUUUAGGGGAGGUGUACUUACAUACUUCUGUCACCAAAGCUCCUUGCUGCUGUUGUAUAGCCUCUAGGAAAUGUGUAUGAACAACAAUUCAAAACUAAUUCCUUUUUUUAUGCUAAAGUAAGAUAGUUUUUCUACCUUUUUCUUAGAACCAGAACUUUAGGCUAGAAGAUUAGAAUCUGUAAAAUCUUAAAAAAUUUCUUUGAAAACCUGUUGUAAUGUAUAUUCUUAUGUAUGGAAGAAAGUGUUCAGUGCUUUUAAUCAGCUCAUCUAUCCUCAAACUUAAAUAAAAACUAUAUGUUUUGUCUUAAUAAUAGAAAUUAAUUUUAGAAAUUAAUUAAUUAAUUUAGAAAUUAAUUUUGCAUCUCUAAAGACCAGGAAUGGCACACAGAAACUUGUUCCUUUGUGGCUCAUCAUUCCAGUUCCUCCUUCCCCUGCAGUUAUCUUUGGUUUGCAGGGUCCUUCCCCUGUAGUACAAACCACAAUGUUCCCAGAACAUCAGGUCUGGUGAAAACACACAGCAGCUGUCCUGUAGACUGUUUUUCUAGUGAAGUUUUGCCUGUUUGUUGAAAUACCAGCCAAGACUCUUUCUUUUUUUCCCUUCAACUUAAAUAGUUUCAGGGUAUAUAUAUAUUAAGCAUCGUAUGUGCAAGUGUGUUGAUGUUUAGUUUUAUAAAAGGCUGAGUGCACUAUUUUGGCAUCGAUGCAGGCUUCAGUAUUUUCCACCUACAUCACUCUGAGUGUGAGAACAGUAUUUGAGACUGCAGCACCUGACAACUGAAACAUUUUACAGAAGUAUGCAGGUAGUAGGCAGGACACAUAUAAUUAGAGUGCCAGACCAAAACUGAAAUGCGAAAUUCCUCACUGUGACUUUGAACUUGUAGCUUUCUAGAGAUAAAAAAAUAGAAAAAAAUACUGUGCCUUAAACCAGUAAAUGGAUACACUCUUAACUGUAGCCUGUGGACUUCUGUAGCCUUAUAUUUGAUUUUUGAAGUUGACCAAAAAUGUUUGUGUGGAUCAUACUGAAACUUGAUUUGGGGAAAAUACUUAAUUCUUUUGACCCUGUUUUGUGCUUAGAGAAAUGAAGAUUUAUGACAAGUACAAUAUAUUUUUUGGUUUGGAAUCCCACCAACCAAAGUUAGAAAGCUUUAGCUGACCUUAAUUUCUCAAAUCUUUUUGUUAGGUAAAAAAGAAAAAUAAGGAAAAGUAGUCUCAGAGAUUUGUCUCAACUUUGAAGUCUGUGUGUCAAAUUAUUUUGAAACAUUUUGUUCUUCAUCUUCUUCAAAAGAAAAGAAAAUCCUCUUAUUGUAGUUUAUGCAAAAUACUGUAUUUAAACCAUUGAGUAUCAAAAAUCUAUGCUGGUAUGAGAAUAAAACUAAAAAGGGUGAGAUAAAUUGUUUGUGUUAAGACACCAGAAGUUUUGAAUAAUAAAUUUCACUUUUUAGGAAAAAUAUUCACAUAUAAGUCCCUGAAAAUUCAUGUGUAAAUUCUCUUUUUGGGUGGAAAAAAUUUACACAUUGUUCUUCCUAAUUCAUUAAAGAAAACCAGAAAUAGUCAAGAUCUUAAAAUCUUGUUUUAGUACAGUAGAAGAUUUCUUACACUUAUUUGUUUGGUAUGAAGAGCUAAGGAAAAGCCACUGCUGAGUUUCCUUAUAUGUCUCUAGAGGAUUUGUUGUGUGUUUUGAACAGACACCCACAAAUUGGGACUUCACCACCUUCCUGUGUUGGUACCAUGUACCAGUGAAUCUGGAAAAAUGAUGCCAUCUCAAAGCUUAUCGUUGUGCUGUGGGUAUUUAGACAUGCACACACAAUGACUGCAUGGCAGCAGAUCACUGUAGUUGUUUGCAGCAAUACAAAUCAAGGCUAUUGACCUUUUUUAUUGAGAACUUUUAUUGAAUCUGGGUGCCACAAUGCUGCUGGUGCUGUGGCACAACAGAUAACAUGCAAUUUUUGUGUCUUCCCUGUUAAUUCCUUCUUGUGUGUUCAUUUAGGACCCCUACAAUUCAUUCUGGUCACCCAAGUUUUUCUUUUGUGAUGAUGUUUCAGUAAUCCCACUCAUCGGUGAUUUCCUACAGGAAUGUUCUAGUAUUAAGAAUUAUUGAGAUGGUAGAACUACCUUUAAGGCCUUUAUAUAUGAUGAUAACUCGAGAAAAGCUCUGUAACUUGAUUCCCCACCUACCUUUUAAUUGUUUUUUCCAGGCACAAAGACAGAAGGAUGUUGGCAAAAAUAUCUGGUUUGGGUAAUUAGACAGGAGGUGUUUGGUUUUAAGAGGACUUCAAACUUGGAAGAACACAUACAUAACUUUUGGAAAAAUCUAUCACAAGCAACCUGUCUUACAUGUUUUUAACUCUUCCUCUGUUUUCAGUUUUUACAUAGCUACUGUAAACCUGCUGUUGUGUUGUACAUGGAACUAACUCUUAAUAAUUACAGGUUUCUAGAGAUGUUGACAGAGUCUUAUCUGUAAAUGUUUUAUGAUGCUAUAGUAAAUUUUUGUGCUUAUUAAAAUGUUUAUAACCAAGUUGCUACAGAUCGUGCCAUGCAUCGUAAGCUUUGGCAAAGUCCUUGUCUUGUGAGAUGCUCAGAAAAACUUGGAGAAGAGGUAUUUUCAGCUAAUGUUGAAAUUGCAGAAAACUGAAAUCUCAGUCUUUAAAAACUGUGCUUUUAUAUACUGGUACUUUUUUGUUGUAGUUGAGGGCAAUUUGAUUGGAAACUACUCUGGGAUUUUCACAUUUUGUUUGACGUUUUCCCAGUCUGCAAUGUAUACUUCAAAUUUUUUUAUUUGUCUUUUUUUUUACCUAAACGUGCAUGACUUAGAGUACAUUGUAUAGCAUACCCCCUGCUAAAUAAACACUUUUGUAUAUUUUUGUACGGUGUCCUAACGUGGUUGCAUUAGUACAAAUGGUUGUAAUUCACAAAAAAGUGCCACUUACCAGUCCUAGUGUGUAGAGUGUUGUGUUACCUGUACUUCUGUUGUACAAACACGCUAAUGAGUGUUGUGAUGAACGUCUGCCUUUAGUCUUUGCUCAGGUACUCGUGUGAAGCAGUCUGGUGCUUUUCCUUCUAACUUGUAAUACUUGGAAUUCUAAGCAGAAAAUAAAAAUAGCAAACCAAAGCCUUGUGGUUGGAGCAGUGCUUUAACAGAUGCUUUUUUCACAUCUGAAGUAGAACACAAUAAAGAGCAUACUGGCUGGAGCCUGUCUCGGUAUCUUAACUUGAACAUCUUAGGCUUGCUGUCAUGAGUGGGAAAUGCAAUAAAGUUAAAAAUGUUUGGUGAAUAAAACAGCUUACAUAGGGCAUCAUAUGUGUAAAACCUUUUCUCACCUGAACUAAUGCAUUUUAAAUUUUUACCUUUUUGAGGUAAAUUGCAGGGAUCUGAACCAGCAACGCUAUGAGUGUUUUCAGCUUCAGGGCAAUUUAAUUCAAACAUACAUGAACAUUAUUUACUGUGCCAUAAGGGUAAUAUAAUUCAUAUAGACACUUUGAAAAGAUUUGAUUUACUGAAGAUGUGUGCCAAGAAAACCUAAUGCCUUAAUGGGGGUGCAAUUAAAAGGCAGUACACUGACAUCUGGCUUUGAAAGCAUUUAUUAAACUUAGCUACUGUUCUCAAAGGAGGAUGCAGUUUUGUUCAAUCAGUGUAAGCAUACUAACAGUAUUUUAAUAUGAAUGUGUUCUGCUUAUUUUUUACUUUCUCUGAAGGAAAGAACUGAAAUUCAAAAAACCCCCAAAACCUGCACAUUAAAAUGAACCAUAAGUCUAAACAGACUUUUAGCUCCAAUAGUUUCUCAGAUGUUUUAGCUGAGGAAGCAACUAUACAAGUGUGUUGGGAUUUCUUUUUUUUUAAAGACAGCUCACAGAAAAUAAAUGCCAAUUGAAUCUCUUGCAUAUCUGCAUAUUCACCAGUCACCCAGACUGCCUGAAUUCCUGCAGUAAUAAUUCAUUUCAGAUUUACAGAUUACUUUGGUGUGUUUUACUAGCUGGAUAUACUGUGUAUCCCCCAGUUUGUUCUCUGUAAAGAAAUCAAAGGAAUAAAUUAAUUGAGGGGAAAAAAGGGGCUGUUAUGUUUUUUGGGUUUUUUUUUCCCCCCCUCCCACCUCCCAAAGCUAAAUAAUGAAAUAAAAUCUAAUUCCAAACUCUAAACCAUACUUUUUCCACUUUCUGUGAUUUUCUCUAGAGGAGCGUAUUUCUACUUCUGGCUAAAAUAAUUAUCUACCUAGAAAAUCAGUAAAUGAAGUUCCCUUCCAUAGGGGCCUGCCUAUUUACAAGUUACUCAGUUGCUACUGCUGAGUUCUUGAUGAGUUCACUAUCUGGAAGUUGGCUGUUAUAAAAACUAAUUGAUGGAGUUUUGAUGGAUUGUCUUUUCGAGGGCAUGAAUUUUUUUCUAAUCUGAAUCUGCAGAAUACACAAGCUGGAUAAAUUCUCUUGAAUUUUUAUAUGCUGUUGCAGACAUGAAAAUAAUAUUACUAGCAUUUUGUUUACUGUUUUGCUAAUGAUGUUUGGAUGUCUUCUGGAAGGAUGGUGGUAAGUUUUUAUUUUGCUUUCAAAAUUUAAAACAAAGAUGUAAUGCUUGUAUUCAGAAAUAAACAUCUAUAAUGUGGAUUAAGAUAAUGAUCCAGAAUCUUUUGUUUUGACGUGUCUAUUUAGAGAUAUAUUUUAUGUGAAAUUAAAUCAAGUAUCAUCUAUAUAAUGGAGGAAAGAGUGUGGUGAAAUUAUAAACAAAAAAAUGUGAGCAGCUUGGAUAUGAAGAAUGCUAUGAAAUAAGGCAAGGGCAAAUUAUCAUAGUCCUCCUUGUCUUAGUUUCUAGUCUGACAGGAGGAUAUUAACUGCUGAUAAAAUCAGAGUAGGAAACCAAUGCUUCCAUUAAAAAGUUAUAAUUUUGGAUCUUGAAACAGACCUUACUUUUCUCUCUCUUUUUCCAGCAUCAGGAAAAUGAUCCAUAUCUCAUUUGCUUGAGAACCAUUAGUCACCAUUCUAGAGAUAUGGCUAAUUACUUUUAAUUAAAAGUAAUAUUUUGAUACAGCUCUGCUGUCUCUGCUGGGAAUUGUUUUAAACUUACGAUGUUCUUACCACCAAUUUUCUGCAAUACGGCUUAGGAGGAAUUUGUGCUGCACUGUUCGAUAGCAACAGGUCUGAAGAGUAUCAAGGAUGAAAUUCUCAAGGGUCUUUAUGUCAUGGAUGGAAAUGGAAUCAUUACUGUAUUUUUGAACUCCUGCUAACGUCAUUGACACCCACCUACAGUCCACUAGAAAUAUAAGUGCAGAGAUCAGUUUGUUCGCGGAUUACAAGCAGACCAACC